AUGACGACGCUCAUCGAAUCCACACCGCGGGCAGUACGCAUGAGCUAUCGCAUCGCCCGUGGCGAACAAGGAGUGCUCACGUUCGAGCCAUACAAGUCCGAAUUACUACCGCUCUGGAGGUUUCGCACCUCAUCCAUUGCACGCAAGAGUGCUGCGGACCUGUGGAAGCGCUUCGAGGAAUUCAAUGAGCAGGGCGACUUUGUCGGUAUGGACAUGGCGCGUAAAUUCAUCCAGAUGGGCAUGACACGCGCAAAGCGCUACGCCAACCACGCGGGCGGUCGCAAAUACAAGAAGGGCACCAAGGAGGAGCUGCCAAAAAGCGAGACUCACAAGGACAAGAAAGAGAAGGAGGCGGCGAGCCUGGUGUUCAGGCAGGUCUGGGAGAGAUGUCGAGCUCACGAGGGUUACCAGAAGCACAAGCAGGAGUUUCUCGAGAAGCAAAAGGCUUGGGAGAAGAGCGGUGCCGGCAAGGAGCUCAAGGUCGAGGAUACUUGA